AUGUUGGCCUCUAUAACACUUUACCGGAAACGGGUGAGCGAGUGGUUACAGGAAGCGGUGGGCGGUAAUUACCGCGACGGGGCGACCACUGUGGCCGCAACUGACGCCGCCACCGCCACCGCUACCGCCACUGACCACUGGAUGGACCGGGAAAAGACCGCGGCGGCCGUGACUGCAGCCGCGGCCGUACCGGUGGCCGCGGUGAUAGCGGCCGCGGCCUCCACUUCCGGGGCCGCGUCGACCGACGACCGGCAACACCAACCGCGCCAACAGGACACCAUCGCCGCUAUGCCCGGAACGUCGUUGUCGCUUCAACCGCUGCCGCCGCCGCAGCCGCCGGACGAGGAGUUCAUGGCGGCCACCGUUCUGUCGUCUAUGCCCGAGGAUAUGCCACUGCCGCCAUUGGCGUACACCAGACGCCGGUCCAGUAGUAAAACGCAUACGCGACUCUACCGGAUACGGCUGCCACCCAAACCGAGGAGGGCCAAAAGGUAA